CUGUGCUUCCCUAAUCAGUCAAUUUGUUCUCGCUAAAGAUGAUUGAAGUAUUUGUCUCUACUUGCUUGAUUAUUGUUAUUUCCCUACUCUUAUUUUAUUUUCUCUUUAUAAAACCACACAAUUAUUGGAAAAAGGAGGGAAUUUUCCAAGAGAAGACAACGUACUUAUUUGGAGAGGCUUUGAACUUUGUUUUGGCCAGGGAAAGCUUUUCCGAGUUGGUUUUGAGACUUGGUAAUAAACUUCAACAUGCUAGAUACUAUGGCACAUAUUUAUUUAACUUUCCGAUAUUAAUUGUUAAAGAUCCGGACCUUAUAAAGGAUAUAACAGUCCGGGAUUUUGAGCAUUUUCAAGAUCAUAGUUCUUGGUUACCAGAAAAUGUGGACCCAAUAUGGAGCAAUAACCUGUUUUCAUUGAAAGGCGACAAAUGGAAAGAAAUGAGGUUAUUUUUCCGGGUCAUGUUCACCAGCAGUAAAAUGAAAUUCAUGUUCAACCUGAUGAAAGAUUGCGCCGAGAAUUUCGUCACUUUUUUUGAAGAAAAAGAAGAUGAGAUAGUAGAAAUAGACCUUAAGCCUGCUUUUCGCCAUUUUACUUGCGAUGUGAUUGCUACAACGGUUUUUGGUGUUCGAGCUAAUACAUUAAGGAGACCGAAUAAUACUUUUUAUCAAAUGGGUGUGGAGGCUACUAAUUCUAGUGGAAUUAGGUCCUUUAUAUAUUUAUUUCAUUUUGCUUUGCCGGAAUGUAUAAUUAAAUUUUUCGACAUAAAAGUAUAUAGCAGCAGAGUACGAAAUUUUUUUAUAAAACUACUGGAGAGUACCAUGGAAGCUCGGGAAAAAAAUGGAAUUGUACGCCCAGAUAUGAUACAUAUUUUAAUGGAGGCUAAAAAAGGUGUACAACAACCUGCAGAAGAAAAUAUUAUAGAUACUGGAUUUUCCACAGCUUUAGAUUCAGAUGCCGGUACCCAAAUAAAAUCUAAGGCAGAUAUUACAAACACCGAUAUUUUAGCCCAAUCUCUGAUUUUCUUCUUUGGAGGCUUCGAUACUGUAUCCACUCUCAUGAGGUUUAUGGCUUACGAACUAGUCGUAAACCCUAAAAUACAGAAUAGACUCAGAGAUGAAAUUAACAAUACCUUUGACGGAUGCGAUGAAUCUGUCAGUUACGAAGAUUUAUUGAAAAUGAAAUAUAUGGACAAUGUUAUAUCUGAAACCUUACGAAAAUGGCCCAGCGGUAUAGCCAUUGAAAGAAUUUGCACCAAGGCCUACACCCUUAAAGCCAAACUACCGCACGAAAAAGACGUAACCUUGCCAAAAGGCACUAUUGUCUGCAUACCCACUUUUGGCCUCCACCGGAAUCCAGAAUAUUAUCCAGAUCCGGAAUUGUUCGAUCCAGAUAGAUUUGACGACACAAACAAAUCAAACAUUAAACCCUACACAUAUUUUCCUUUUGGUGUAGGACCGAGAAACUGUGUUGGUUCCCGAUAUGCCGUGGUGGAGGCUAAAGUACUAUUCUUUUAUCUGUUGCGGGUAUUUGAAUUGGUUCCAGUGCAAAGAUCGACGAUUCCCAUUAAAAUUAAUAGAAGUAAUUUUCAUCUUGAUGGAAAUGGUUGGAAAUUUGGAUUAAGGAAGUUACAUACUAGCUUUAGAAAAUCAUCAAUUUGCAGUUUAAACAAAGUUGCAAAUAAAAAAUUUUGUCCGCGUCGUUGUUUUAUCAGUAUGUUCGUCUCUAUAUUAAUAUUUAUAAUAUUUGCAUUGCUUGUUUAUAUUUUUUAUAUAACGAUAGUUAAAUCUCAAAAUUAUUGGAAAGAUAGAGGAGUCGUUCAAGCAAAUCCUCCAUGGCUAUUUGGUGAGUCGUUCAAGAGUGUGCUCAAACAAGAAAGUUUUGCAGAAAGUUCUGGUCGGAUAUAUAAUACAUUUCCGAAUAAAAGAUAUUUUGGUACUUAUCAGUUCACCACACCUAUUUUUGUGGUUAGAGAUCCUGAGCUAGUUAAAAAAAUUACUAUUAAGGAUUUUGAUCAUUUUGUGAAUCACAGACAAAUUAUACCGGCGUCCAUAGAUCCGUUAUGGGGAAACAAUUUGUUCUCUCUGGAAAGUCAAAGAUGGAAAGAAAUGAGAAUGAUAUUGAGCCCGGCUUUCACCAGCAGCAAAAUGAAAAACAUGUUCAAAUGUAUGAUGGCAGAGGCAGAGAAGUUUGUAAACUUUUUCGAAUCUAAAAAGGAAAAUAUUAUAGAGUUGGAUUUGAAAGAUCAUUUUAACCGAUUUACAUGCGACGUUAUUGUAUCAGUAGCUCUUGGAAUAGAACUUGAUACGUUAAAUAUGCCUUCCAACGAAUUUUACGAAUGUGGUAAAGAAUUUACGGACUUUACUGGAUGGAGAUCGCUGCUAUUUCUAAUAGUGUUUAUUGCACCAGAGUGGAUCAUUAAGCUAUUUGGUUUUCGAUUUUUCUCCGAAAGAGUGUCAAAGUUUUUUGUGAACACCGUUGAACAAUCUAUUAAAAUACGUGAAGAUAAACAAAUAAUUCGAAAAGAUUUAAUUCACUUAUUGAUGGAAGCUAGAAAAGGUCGGAGUACGUUUGAGGAAGAAACUGCUGUAGAAACGGGUUAUGCAACUGCCAAAACAUCUUCAUAUUUCGCUAACAAAACUAUGGAAAAUAUAAACAUUUCAAGCACAGACGUAGCUGCUCAAGCUUUAAUAUUUUUCUUCGGUGGGUUUGAUACCACUGCAACAUCUAACCGGUUCAUGGCCUAUGAGCUAGCAGUAAACCCAGACGUUCAAGAUAAGCUGAGAAAGGAGAUUAUUGAAAUAUAUGAAAAUUGCCAAGGAAAUGUUACAUAUGAAAAUAUCAUGACCAUGAAUUAUUUGGAUAUGGUGGUUUCAGAACUAAUGAGGAAAUGGCCCAAUGCCAUUGUUUUGGAAAGGAUAUGCAACAAACCCUACACAAUCCCAGCAGAACGUCCAGACGAAAACGACGUAACACUUCCAGUAGGUACACCAGUCUGGUUUCCAAUAUGGGGUAUUCACAAAGAUCCCAAAUAUUAUCCAAAUCCGGAAAAAUUCGAUCCAGAAAGAUUUGGUAGUAAUAAUAGAGAUAAUCUUACACCAUACACUUACCUUCCGUUUGGAGAAGGCCCUCGUAACUGCAUUGGAUCUAGAUAUGCUCUUAUGAAUGUGAAAGUUUUAUUUUUCCAACUUUUAAGGAAAUUUGAAAUAGUUCCUGUGGAAAAGUCGAAGAUUCCCAUUAAGAUUUCAAGACAGAACUUUACAUUGGACGGAGAUGGUUUUUGGUUCGGCUUGAAAAAGUUGUAAAUAAACAAUAUAAAAAAAAUUACUGGUCAUUAGCACUCAAAUAAAAUAAUUUAUUAUAGA